CGUUGAAAUUCCGUUGUGUUUGCAGUUUGCCAUAUUUCUAAAAGCUUGGGGCAUAUAAAUAUAUUCUUCAAAAAGCAAAAUACCCCAUUUUUUCCCACAAACUUCACUCACAUUCUCUCUCUUCUUUCUUCCUGAUCUCAAAGAUCGCAACUUUUCCAUCACAUUCAUCAUCAAAAGGGAAGAUCACUCGCUUUGCGUUCCAAUUUUGUCCAUUUAAUUUUCCAAUUUGGUUUAAGAAUACGCUGUCUAGGUGAUUUUUGGCAGAAUGGCAAACGGGGGAGAGAAGCCAUUGAGGAAGAUCUCUGAAGCAUUUAACGAUCUAGCCACCACUGUCAAUUCCCAGGAAUCCGAUCUUCAGCUUGCCUCAUUUUCCCAUGCUUGCUCGCUUGUCUCCCCCUUGUUUGGUUGUCUGGGCAUAGCUUUUAAAUUUGCGGAAAUGGACUAUGUUAACAAGGUUAAUGAUCUUGCUGAGACUUCAAACUCAAUCAUGACAUUACAAGCACUGAUUGAUCAAGAUAUUCAGGCAAAGACUGUACGUAAACAAGGCAGCCAUACGAGAAAUCUUUUGAGAGUAAAACGUGGUCUAGACAUGGUCAAAGUACUUUUUGAGAAAAUCAUUGCAACUGAGGGGGAUUCUUUGAAGAAUGCGGCUUCUGACGCAUACACUCAAGUAUUUGCCCCACAUCAUGGAUGGGCUAUUAGGAAAGCGGUUGGUGCAGGGAUGUAUGCCCUUCCUACUAGACCGCAGUUGAUGAAGAAGUUGAAUGAGGAUGGUGGGAGAAUUCUGCCUGCGUCCCAAUGCAAAGCUACAUUACUUCUUCGACUGCUGUGAUUGGAUACGUUGAGAAGCUGUUCCUCUCAAAAGAACUAGGCUUAGAUUGGUGAUUGUGGGGAAUUUAAUGUAUGAUUUAGUGAAUAAUGUACUGUACUACACUCUUGCUAUGUAAUAAAAAUCUAGAAGACCUUUCGCUAA